AUGGGGUGUAUAAAUAGCAAAGUAAAAGAGGAAAGAAAAAUAAAAAAAAGAAAAAAGGAAAAAUGUAAUUUAAUAGAAAAUGUUGAAGGGAAUAAUGUGAGUAAUAAGAAUGUAUCAAGUUAUGUGAUGAAAGAAAAAAAAGAUAAUGAAAAGGAUGAUGAAAAUAAUAAUGUUGACUGUAAUAAUAAUGAUAAUAAUAAUGAUAAUAAUAAUGAUAUUAAUAAUGAUAAUAAUAUGAAUUGUAAGAAUCAUUAUAUUUAUAACGAUAAUAAUUUGAUUAAGAACAAUAUUGACAAUUCCAAAGAAAGGUUUUAUUACAAAAAAAAUAUAUUCAAGAAUAUUUCAAAUAAGUGUAGUGAUAAAGAAUUGCUUAUAAGUAGUGAGAAAGAGAAUAUUACUUAUGUAAUAGAAAGUUCAACAAAUAAUAAGAGUGUAAAAAAUAAUAAGAAUAAUAAUGAUAAUAAAAAUUUAUUUUUAUUUAAGGAUAAUAAUGAAAAUAAGUCCAAUAAAUCGUAUUAUUAUAAUGAAGUGUAUACAAAUAUAGAAUCAAAUAAAUAUGAUAUUUGUAAAAGUAGAAGUAUGGAUUUAGAAAAUGUAAAGAUAAAAAAUUGUAAUUUAAUAGAAGAUAAAAAAUAUAAAAUUAAAAAUUAUGAGAAAAAAAAAAAAAAAAAAAAGGAUAAAUUACUUAAAAAUUCAUUUAGUAAUAUUAUACAUACCAUUAGUAACACACUAAUAAAUAGAAAAUCAUAUAUAAACAAUAAAUUUAAAAAACAAAAAAAAGUACAAAGUGUUCAUGAUGUAUUUACAUCUUAUAGUAAUAAUAAGGAUGAUAAUUUUAUUGAUUAUCAUUUUAAACAUUAUGAAGAUGAGAAUGAUUUCUAUAUGUUAUAUUUAAAAAAUAAAUAUAAAAAUAAAAAGGAUCAACAAAAAUUAUUUAGUAAUAUGAAAAAAAAUAAAGAUCUAUUAAUGUAUUAUCAUGAUUUUAAAAAUAUUAUAUUAAAACGAAAUUCAUUCUUAUAUAUAUAUGAAUAUUAUAAAUAUAAUUGUGAUGUUUUUAAUUUACUUUCUUUAAUGCCUAGUCAUAUAUCUGAAAAUAAAGCAGCUUCAAAAAUAUUAUUUGAGAGCUCUUUUAUUGGGAAAUAUAUUAUAUUACCUUGGAUAGAUAAUGAUCCAGAUAUUAAAAAUAAUUUAUAUCUGAAAUAUGUACAGAAUUAUUUAGAUAUGAAAGAAGAUAUUAAAGAAAUGAAUCAUAGUCAUUAUCACAAGUAUCCAAAUCAACAAUUAUCAUAUUGUACCCUUUUUAAUAAUAUUAUUAAUGAUAAUUAUCACCAUGAUUAUAAUAAUAAUAAAAUGAAAUGUGCACAUAGAUAUAAAACACAAUCGAACUUCUCUUAUACAUAUCUUUUAUGUAGUCAUCAUUAUGAAGAUCCAAAAAAAACAGGUAUUGUACUCAAUAAGAUGAAUAAAAAAAAUCUCUUUCUAAGAAAAAAAAGAAAAGAAAAGAAAAAUAAAUAUGUUACUACUAAUAAAACUAAUCUUAGUCUUCACCAAGUUUUUAAAAAUAACCUUCGCAAAAAUCUCAUCUAUAAUAAUAUAAAAGAUAAUCAUGAAAGCAAAAUCAAAAAUAAACACAUAAAUUAUGAACCAAAGGAAUCUUUAAUCAAUUCUCGAAAUUUUUAUAAAAUAGAUACGACAUUAAAUGAUAUGUUGAAUCAACGCCAUAAAAUAAAAUCAAUAAAUCAAAUAGAAGACAUAGGUACAAAUGAAUAUACAAAUAAAAUAUCUAAUAAUAUGUAUAAUAUAUAUGAUAAAAAAGAAAAAAAUAUAAAUGUAAAAAGUUAUGAUAACACACAUGGUAUUAAUACAUUUAUAAUUCCAAACGAUAAUAUAAAGAAAAAUGAUGUACAUUAUAUAAAUGAAAAUUAUAAUGAGAAAUGUGACCAUAAUAUAUAUGAUUAUUAUAUUACAUCAUCCAUAGAUACAUUUAAAUCCAGGCCCUCUUCAUCCUCGAACCUUAAUGAAAAUAAUGAUAAGAAUACUGAAAAUUUGAAUUUGAAUCUAAUAUAUCAAAAAAAAAAAGAAAAAAAAAAAAAAAAAAAGAAAAGAAAUAAUAAUAAUAAUAAUAAUAAUAAUAAUCAUAAUAAUAAUAAUAAUAAUCAUAAUAAUCAUAAUAAUAAUAAUAAUAAUAAUAUUAGUAUUAAUAAUAUUCUUAAACCUUCAUUCAUUUUUGAAGCAAAUUAUGUCGAGGAAGGUAACCAUCGCGAUACACAACAUAAUAACCUUCAGUAUGGUAACGUAGAAAAAAAUAAUAAAAUUUAUGAUGUUCAUACAUAUAGAAAUUAUAAAAUGGAGAAAGAAGAAAAACAUUAUUCCCAUUAUGUACAAAAUGAAAAACAAGGAAUGGGUAAAAGGAAAGAACGUAAAAGUUACCUAAAAUGUAAUACAAGCAAAUAUGAUAAAAUUAAAAAUAGUAAUUAUAUUAAGGAUGUGUAUAAUAAUAAUGGAAGUGUUCAAAAGAUACAAAAAUUUAAACAAAAGAAUAAAGAGAGUGAUAAAGAGAAUGAUAAAGAGAGUGAUAAAGAGAGUGAUAAAGAGAGUGAUAAAGAGAAUGAUAAAGAGAAUGAUAAAGAGAAUGAUAAAUGGAAUGGCAAAUGGAAUGAUAAGUCGAAUGAUAAAUGGAAUGGCAAAUGGAAUGAUAAAUCGAAUGAUAAGUCGAAUGAUAAGUCGAAUGAUAAGUCGAAUGAUAAAUCGAAUGAUAAGUCGAAUGAUAAAGCAAACGAAUCGAAGAAUAUCAAAUUAGAAUGGGAGAAAUGCUUAUUAGAUACUUGUGAUCAUAAAUAUAUAGUAAAUGAGGAUUGUAUUAAAAAAAAUUACAUGUGUUGUAAAAAAUGUGAUAAGAAGAGAUGUAUAUUUCAUUACGUAAAUGGUUUUAAAUUAUAUGGAUGGUUAAAUUAUAAAUGGACAGAUCCAGAUGGGUUCUUAGAAUUAAGUAUUAGACAAAAAAGAAAAUUUGAUUCUUGGAAAAGAUUAUCAGAAUUAUAUGAGAAUCCAAUUGUUAUGUCUCCUUAUUUAUAUAAUAAUUGUAUAAGACAAGGUUUUGUUGCGGAUUGUUCUUUUCUGUCUUCAUUAACCGUAUUAAUAGAAUAUGAGAAAAAACAUAAGAUACCGGUUAUUUCUAGUAUUAUAACACCUUGUAGUUGGAAUUAUUUAUGUAUAAAUAAAACGUGGCCUAUUUUUAAUCCUUGUGGUAUGUAUAUAUGUAGACUUCAUUGUAAUGGUAUACAAAGAAAGAUAAUAAUAGAUGAUUAUGUACCGGUUAAGAACAAUAAUUCUUUGCUUGUGGCUUAUUCAAAUAAUCAAAAAGAAUUAUGGGUUACUUUGUUAGAAAAAGCUUUUGUUAAAUUGAUGGGAGGAUCAUAUUCUAUGUUUGGUUCUAAUCCUGGUUCUGAUUUGUAUUAUUUGACAGGUUGGAUACCAGUAACAAUAUCUUUGAAAUCUAAGAUUAGUAGUUCUCCCCCUUCUUUUGACAAACAUAGCACGCAUUCUUUAAUAAGGGAUGAUCGUAUAGAUGAAUUGGUAUAUGAAAGUAGCGAGGUAAUGAUAAAUAAGAAACAUGGAUAUGGUAAGAGUGUUGAAUUUGUACACGAUACAAAGUAUAACCAUAAUAAUGAUCAUAAUAAUGAUCAUAAUAAUAAUAAUAAUAAGGAUCAUGUUCAAUAUAUGUGUGAUGAUAAUAUAUGUUUUAAUAAUUAUAAUUGUAAUUAUGAUUUUUGCUAUAAAGACGAUUAUGAAGUAAAAAAUAAUCUGCAGAAACAAUUCCUAAAGGAAGAAUUAGCCACUAUGGAUUUUGCUAAAUAUAUGAACGGAUCAGUGGACAAUUAUAGUGAUUUGAUUAAAAGAGGAGGCCAUAAAACGUUGGGUAUAAAUUAUAAAGAAGGAAAAUAUGAGGAAUAUGAACAAUAUGAUUCUUAUGAAGAGUAUGACGAGAAAUGGGAUAGUGUUUGGAAUAAUAUUUAUGAUGGCAUAAAAAAAGGAAAAUGUGUUGUGUGUUUAGGUACAUUAGAAUUAAAGGAUGCUGCGCCGUCUGGUUUAGAUUAUCCAGAAGGUGUUUCUAUAUCAACAGGUAUUGUAACAAGACAUGCUUAUUCAAUAUUAAAUAUAGAAAAUUAUAAUGGAGAUAAAUUAUUAUAUAUAAAAAACCCUUGGGGUUGUAUUAGAUGGAAAGGAAGAUAUUCUCAUAAUGAUAAUGAAACAUGGACUAAAGAAUUACAAAAAAAAUUAAAUUAUUCAUUAGAAAAGGCUAUAAGUAAAGAUGAUGGUUGUUUUUGGAUUCCUUGGAAAGAUGUAAUAAGAUAUUUUUCACAUAUAUAUAUAUGUUGGAAUAGUGUUAUUUUUCCAUACCAAUUUGAGAUACAUACAAAAUGGGAAAACAAUAGUUUAUUAAAUUCUUCCAUAUUAUUAGAUGAUACACAUUUAGUUGCGUACAAUCCUCAAUUUGCUUUACAUUUAAAUGUAAGAAAACAAGAUUUAUCAGAAGAUGGCUUAUAUUAUAUAGGUAAGAAACCAAUAGAAGUCUGGAUACUUUUAUCAAGACAUGUAAGAGAACGUAAAACCGAUGUGUCUCAAAAAUAUUUAGCUUUACAUGUGCAUGCAGGUAAUGAUAGAAUCAUCUGUCCCUUAUUUCCAAUAAAGCAAGGGAUAUAUUCCAAUGGAGAGUGUACAUUUAUAAAGUUGAUAAUAGGUGGUAAGGAUGACCUGAUGAAUAUUAAUAUGAUGUGUGAUUCAAAGAAAGAAAAAAAUAAAAAUAAUACGCAAAAUGUGGAAAAUUGUAAAAAUGUGGAGAAUAUAAUAAAGAACACGGUUAAUAUGAAUAAUAUGUAUAAUGUGGAUAAUUUGAUAAAUAAUGUACAAAAAGAAAAUGGCACACAUAAUAAAGAACAAUACAAUAAUAUAGUCACUAGUAAGGACCGAAUAAAUGUUAAUAAUGAAAAACAAAAUUUUGAAAAUGAUCCAGAUGUAUUGAGAAAUAUAGAUUAUGUAUUAAUUGUAUCCCAGUAUUCACAAAAAGAAGAAUUUAAUUUUACUAUUAAAGUAUUUAGUCAUACGCAUUUAUCAUUAUAUGAAAUACCUCCAUUAUUACCUGAUAAUUAUUCAUCAUUAUAUUUUAAAGGGAUGUGGACGAAUAAAAGUGCAGGUGGUUGUUCUAAUAAUUUGUGGUCUUAUUUUAGAAAUCCUCAUAUACGUUUAUAUGUUCCAGAAUGUACUAGAUUAUAUAUAUUCUUAGAAUGUUCUCAAGAACAUUCAGUUAAUUUAAGAAUAUUUAAGGGUAACACAUCAUCACCUAGAUCUUUAAAGAAAGGAGAUAUAAUAUCUAGUGGUCCAUAUAAAGCUGGUUGUUGUUAUAUAGAAUGUACAUUAGAAAGUGGAAUAUAUUGUCUGUUGCCUUCUUUAUAUAGAGCUAAUGUUACAGGUAAUUAUCAAAUAUGUAUACAUUAUCCAAAUAAUAAAGAGAAACCGAUUUUGUAUUUUAUUCCUUAUUCUUAUAUUGUACCACCAUUUUCAUUUUUCAAAUAUGAAUUGGUACAUUUAUAUUCUUUAAAAAAUUAUUCCGUUAUUUUAUUUCAUACAACAUGUAUGACUUUAUUAUCUUUAAGAAUAACAUUUUUUCAAAAUAUGGAUAUUAAAGGCAUACCAUUUGUUAAUAUAUAUAAACGAAUUAACGACUCAAAAAGGAUAACGGACGAUUGUGAAAAUGGAAACAUUUUAAAAAAUAAUUCAUUUAUAUCAUGUAUUACUUAUAAUAAUUCAAUAUAUAAAUUAAUUCAAAAAUGUAAUAUUCAUGGAAAUACAGGUAAUGACGUUCUUCCUCUUUCUACAUGUGCAUAUGAUUAUUAUAUAAAAUUUAAUUCCGUAUUAAUACCCUUAGUAGAACUAGAAAAAGUAGAUUCUUCUUAUCUAUUACUUAUAACUACAAAUAUAAAAGAUGAUAUUCUGUAUAACCACGAGGCUCAUUUUAUAUCGGACAAACAAAUUUUUGUGGAUAAAUUUUAUCCACCCCAAUAA